CAUGGUUUUUGCUCAACCAGGUAUCGUACACCGGAGGCUGUAAUUACAGCUAUCGUGAAUGUGAUCGCCUUGAAAAUGUACAAAAGACACCCCGCGCUACUAUAUGAGCCUCUCAACAUCAUCGCAUUCACUUGAACCACUCGCAACCUUCGCGGCUUUCGUUCAACAGAUCAACAGACCCUCGAAGCAAUAUGUUUGGCCGCAGUCAUGACGACAAGAAAUCCUCUUUCGAUGGGUACCAGCAGCAGGCGCCUGCAUCCGCACCUGCGUACGGUGCAUCGACAUCCCACCAGGCGCGUUUCGCAUCUGUGUCCAUGCAUUCAACCGACGAUCUGCGCUUCCUGCACUUCCCACCGCAGGUAAUCGAUCUAUGUCGGAACGCAAUUGUUACCGUCUGGAAGAGCGGCAUUUCACGUGAAGGCAUGUACGGCAGCUCCUACGAAUUCAAACUCAGGGGCUAUCCCUGGGCUGCAAUUGGGACUGGUGCUAUGGAUACCCAGCGUCUCGUUUGUGCGGUGCUGGGAACGCUACACAGUGUUGGCUGGGUCAUGACGCUCAAUACAGACGUGAGCACGGCGGCCGCCGAUAAAGACACGCUGCUGUUCCGCUACCAAUCACCAACACCAGCACCGUGCGACUGGUUCAGUAUCGGGUUCUCUCGAUCAGAUAGGAUUCGCAUGGUUGAUGCAAGCCCGGAGUUGUGCUAUGCGUUGCCGGCAGCGCUGGGACAGGAGUGGGUGAGCAAGGUGAGCGAGCAUUCACCCGGAGUCCAGGAGAUCAAGUUCCACGGUUAUCCUUGGUCUGCGGGUGGAAAGGAGACAAUGAGGGUUAGGGAAAUGCUACUGACCAUCCUGGGUACAUUGGAGGAAGACGGCUGGACGGUAUACGCGAGUAUAGACCAGAGUGCGGCUGCUGGAAGUCAGAACAAAAGUGAGACCGAUACUUGGCACUGCUGUCGGCCAAGAGGUUGGGUGAAGGGUGCACCUGUUUAUUUUAGACGAUGAAGAGAUCAAGAACUUGACCUUGUGAAGUCAAAUACUCCAAGUAUUCUGUGGCUGGCCCCUCAAACCAUACAGCAUAUCUCCAUGCUUGAAGCUCAAGUAGAUAGCAGCCAGGCGGAACAAAUUUGAGUACCUAAGCUAUUUUAUGACAAACUAGGUUGUUGAUCUUGUGGCG